AUGACUUGUUCAUGGGAUGGCUCGCUGCGGGUAUGGAACUUGAAGAGUGGGAAACAGAUAGGAGACGACUGGCGGGACGGAGAAACUAGAGUGUGGACCAUAGCGUUGUCUCCGGACGAGAAGAAAGUGGUCAGCGGGAGUGAUGAUGGUGGAGUGAGGUUGUGGGACAUUGACACGGGCAAAGUGAUUGGGAGAUGGAUGGGGCAUACAAAUGGAGUGGAUUCUGUCUGUUGGAGUCGAGAUAGUCAGCGAGUCUUGAGUGGAUCUCACGAUGGGACUGCAAGGCAAUGGGAUGUAGAAAACGGAGAAACGAUCCUCACACCAAUCAAGGCAGGGCACUAUUUGCUGGCAGUCGUGUACUCCCCAGACAUGACCUUGUUUGCGACUGGUGGAUUCGAACACCCUUGGGAUAAUACUGGAGAUAACAAAUCCGCGAUUAAAAUCUGGAAUGCCAAGACAGGCGAACUUGUCGCAACUCUUCAACCGGGACACGUCUCAGAUUGGGUGCGGUGCCUAAUUUGGACCCCAGAUGGAAAAACGCUUAUAUCUGGGUCAAACAAUUGGUCGAUUAGGACAUGGAAUACUUCAACUUGGAAGCAGAUCGCACUGUUGGAAGGGCACACUUACGCUGUCAAAUCCAUUGCAAUAUCUCCCAAUGGCCGCAUUCUCGUAAGCACAUCGUACGACCGCACAGCGCGAUUAUGGAACCUCGACGACAACCAGCCCAUCAGUUCGCCCCUCCAGCAUCUAUCUACCGUGCUUUCUGUGUCUUUUUCGGCAGAUGGAACGCUACUGGCCACUGCCGGCGCUGACAAAAAUGCGUACACUUGGGACAUUUCUGCGAUUGUAAAACAAGCUGGUCUCGACGAACUUCUGGUGGACCAGCGCGACAAGUCGGUCCUCACUGCCGAUGCUACACGACGUCCGGUUCGGCCAUUCGACCUCUCUGCUGGACGUCCGAUCCGACAGCCAAUCAUUGUUCCCCAGCGCCGGAUGCCUCAAGGGUUUUUUGACGACUUACCAGAUCAACGCUCAUGUUUCAGCACGACAUCACCUGCACCCUCGAUCUCCGACACCCAUGAUAGAUCAUCCCGACCCCGACCUUUCCACUGGGUUCGAAAUCGACUCUCUGGAAAACAAGGCGGUGAAGAUAUUGAGCGUCCCUCAGCAGCCGUCGAUGUUCCGUAUGCCAAGGGCAAACGUAGGAACGCAUCAGCAAGAGAAAGACGGAUGAAAAUUAUUCCUCUGAAGCCUGGGCACCCUGCCACGAGUACCUCACUCCCUCCCAAUAGCAACGCCGCACAACACUCUAGUGAUGCAGGUCAAGCUCAAUCUUCGCAAGCACAGGCUGCUGUUUCCACUUCCACUGCACCUCCCAUCGCUAACACAACUUCGCACCCGAAUCUCGAUGCAACGAUCAAAAACACUGGACGCUGGACUCGCUUCUGGCUGUUUUUUUGUUGCACCUCUCCCGAGUAUACCCAUAGUCAUCAAUAAUAUAUCUCGUCCCUUUUCUUUCCCUUUAUGAAGACCUCUCCCAUCCCAUCCUUCCAGUACAUACAGUGGAAAAUUAUCGAUCACUUCACAUGCCACGGUUGAUUCUAUUAUUUGUUGUUGCCAACAAGCCUUCACUAGUGCACUGAUCAGGAACGCGAAUCAUUCCAAUAAACGUAUGUACUACUGAAAUGAAAAACACUUGCAUUUGCGUGCUGC